AUGUUGGACAUAUAUCAGCUCAACCUCGCCGGCUUGCUCCUUGCCUGUGGCGCCCUCUUUGCCUCUGGAAGACAGGAAAAGCAAAAUGUCGCUGGGAAAGAUGUGAAGAAGGACGCGAAGCAGAAGCAGAAGCGGCAAGGCUCUCAAUGGGCAUUCUACGUCGUCUACGCCCUCGUCAUGGGCUCGGACUGGCUGCAGGGCCCGUUCCUCUACUCGUUAUACACAAAUGAACACCAAAUUUCGUCAGACCUUGUCCCAUCUCUCUUCACCACCGGCUUCGUCUCGGGCGCUGUGGCCGGCUACUUCAUCGGCUCCCUCGCAGAUCGCCACGGCCGCAAGGUCAGCUGCCUCUUCUUCUGCGCCGCCUACGCCCUCUCCUGUAUCCUCACCACCAUUCCUAAUGUGACACUGCUCUUCCUGGGCCGCGUCCUGGGUGGCUUGGGCACGAGCCUGCUCUUCAGUGUCUUCGAGAGCUGGAUGGUGACGGACUUCCACGCCCGCCGGCUGGGAGAUCAGGGGUUGGACUUAUCGCGUACGUUUGGAUUGAUGAGCACCGUCAACAGUGUCGUGGCCAUUGUGAGCGGCGUGGUAAGCGAGUGGCUCGUCUCCGCGACGGGGACGCGCAAGGCGCCCUUUUUAACCAGUGUGGUCCUGUUGAUCAUUGCUUCCAGCGUCAUUGCCAGUCAAUGGGAUGAAAACUACGGCUCGACAGGCAAAGCGUCGCCUUCGAAAGCAUCAAGGAGCAAAACGGCCAGCCUCUGGCCCACCAUGACCGAUAAACGCGUUCUCGCAAUCGGCCUCGCCUCGACAAUGUUCGAGGGCUCCAUGUACCUCUUCGUGGUGCUCUGGUCCCCGGUUCUCGUAUCCGCCUCCUCCUCCCCUGAGACCCUCCCUUACGGCAUCAUCUUCGCCUCAUUCAUGGCCUCGACCCUCCUCGCCUCUCUCUUGUAUCCACGUCUCCUCGCCCUCGUCUCCACACCCUCCCGUUUGCUGCUCUCGGUCCUUCUCGCCGCCAACGUCGUCUUCUUUGCUCUUGGUACUGGUGCCCCGCGCGCGGAGCAGAUUACCUUCUGGCUUUUCUGCCUCUUCGAGGCCUGCGUCGGUCUGUACUUUCCGUCGAUGGGCUAUCUCAAGGGAAAGGUUGUAGACGACGGCGUCAGGGCGCAGGUGUACGGCGUGCUGAGGAUCCCGCUCAAUGUCUUUGUGGUGGUGAGCCUAAUGUUCAGCAGUGACGGGCAGGCGGCCAAGGUGUUUCUCGUUUGCAGCAUGUUGCUGCAGGCGAGCUGUGGCGCGUUGUGGCUCAUGGACGGGCAGGAUGCGUAG